AUGGUUUCUUGGUCAGUGGAGCUUUCUGAGUUCGGCUUACGUUAUAAGCCGCGAGGGUCCGUCAAGGGUCAGCAUUUGGCGGAUUUUGCAGCUGAAUUAAUACCCACACCUGAUGACUCGACACCAAAGUGGCUCCUCAACGUAGAUGGAUCCUCAGACAAAAAGGGGGGAGGAGUCGGGGUUGUCCUAGAAGGACCAGAUGGUUUAGUCAUAGAGCAAGCCAUCACAUUCAGAUUUUUUGCUAGCAACAACCAAGUCGAGUACGAAGCCUUGAUUGCUGGUCUAUCCUUGGCCAAAGAGUUCACGGUCACUCGUCUAGAGUGUCGGAUGGAUUCAAAGUUGGUGGUCGGCCACGUGAACAGAACUUAUCAGGUUAAAGAUAAUCAGCUACUGCGUUAUUUCCACAAAGCUCAAACCCUACUUCAAAACUUCGCCGAGGUUAACAUCAUCCAUGUACCCAGGGAGCAAAACACAAGAGCAGAUCUCUUGUCUAAGUUAACUCACUCUAAGGAGAGAGCACAUCUAUCAUCAAUCAUCAAGAUGACACUCGACCACCCAGUUGUGGAAGCUUUCGUCACCGACGUGUCGACACCGACAACAGACUGGCGGCAGCAGAUCAAGGAUCUAAUGGUGAAACAGGAACAAGGUGAGAGCAUUAGUCUGACUGAUUCAAAACGAAUUGCAUGUUUCUUGUGCAUAGGCGACGACUUAUACCGCCGCGGCCAUAGCACUCCUCUAUUGAAAUGCAUAUCAGAGGAGGAAGCCGACUACGUCUUGCGCGAGCUACACACAGGCAUAUGCGGAUUUCAUUCGGGUAAGCGGACACUCAGAGCACGCAUACUCCGCGCAGGAUAUUACUGGCCCACGCUCGACCAAGAUUGUGAGACGUUCGUCAAGAAGUGUAUCUCCUGUCAGGCCCACGGUCACGACAUCCACGCACCUCCUGAAGAUUUGCAUGUUGGACCUUUACCCCUUGCCAAAGCCCAAAACAAGUUCCUCCUCGUGGCAGUCGACUAUUUCACAAAAUGGAUAGAAGCUGAGCCAUUGUCCGUCAUCAGUGCUCAGCGAGUGCAAAAGUUCAUCUGGCGCCUGAUCUGUCGAUUUGGCCUACCGCAGAAAAUCAUUACUGACAACGGUCGCCAGUUCGUCGAGCGCAAGCUGGAAGAAUUCCUCAGCAGUCUGGGCAUCAAACAUGUCACCUCCUCGGUCGAGCAUCCUCAAACGAAUGGCCAAGCCGAAGCCGCAAACAAAGCCAUACUUACGGAGUUAAAGAAGCGACUCGGCGAAGCCAAAGGGGACACACCAUUCAACCUGACUUAUGGUACUGAUGCCAUGCUCCCAGUCGAGGUUGGCGAACCCUCGUUAAGACAAAAUAUCACUGAUAUGACACUUAAUGAGGAACAGUUACGGAUGAAUCUCGACAUCCUUCCUGAGCGUCGAGAGGUCGCUACCGUCCGUGCAGAGGCGCAAAAGCGAAUGCUAUCUCGCCGAUACAACACCAAAGUCAAACCCAGAGCCUUCAAGAGCGGUGAUCUGGUGUGA